GAUCAGGAACAUCAUCAUCAUCAGAUAUUUAUUAAACAAACACUCAAUCAAGCUGGAAUGAAUGGGAUAUCAUUAACUUUCAUUCUUUGUCUUCUUCAUCUGAAUCCAAUCUUGUCAAUCUGGCCAGCACCACGACACAUAACUCAAGGGAAAGAUACGAUUCUAUUAUCACCCAACUUUACUAUAGGACCAUCAAACAAUUUAAAUGGAUACAGAUUACCAACUGAUCUUCAAUUAGCGAUUAGAGACACCAUUGAAUUAAUCCAAGAUGAUUUACACCAAGCUUUACAAACAAACCAAGAUGCAACUAAAUUAAAUGAAAGAUUGGAUCAACAAGCUAGUGAAGAAAUUGGACUGAUUUAUAAACUUGAUUUAGAAAUUCAUAGAUCGUUUCAUCAGAAUUGGUUUAUGAAUUCCAUCAAAUCAUUAACAUGGAAUAAUCUUAAAUUCAAAUUUAAUAAAAAAGGAAAUCAAACUAAAACUAAUCAUACUAAAGGUUUUGAUUUUGAUCAUUUAAAGAUCAAUGGAAUCCGAUCUGAGAUAUUAAAACCAUUAGAUGAACGAGAUGAAUCAUACGAAUUGAUAAUCGGACCCGAUCCAAGGAAUUGUCAACAGAAUAUCGCUUUAUUAUCUGCUUCGAAUUCAUUAGGUCUUUUAAGAGGUUUACAAACCUUUUCACAACUUGUUUAUAUCACUUCACCAUCAAGACUCCAAUCCGAAUCAGAAACAGGAUCAGGCUCAAAACCCAAUCAAAACCAAAAUGAAUUGUCAAUUCAAUCAAACCAAGAAUUAUGUAUACCCAACUCAUCAAACUCAACAAACGAUCAAACCUCAUCGAAUCAAGACCAAUACAGUUUAAAAUCCGAUUCUAAUUUACGAUAUUUAUAUGGACCAUUAAAGAUUAAAGACACUCCAGCAUUUCCAUAUAGAGGGAUCUUACUUGAUACCAGUCGAAACUUUUAUCCUAUUUCAGAUUUAAAACGUACACUCAAAGCCAUGAGUUGGUCUAAACUUUCGAUAUUUCAUUGGCAUAUCACUGAUGCACAAUCAUGGCCACUUCAAUUACCUUUUCAAUCUGUCUUAUCUCAACAUGGUGCUUAUUCGAUUCAUCAAGUUUAUUCAAUUCAAGAAAUCAAAGAUUUAGUUGGGUUUGCUAAUUCGAUUGGGAUUGAUGUGAUGAUUGAGAUUGAUACUCCGGGUCAUACUUCGGUUAUUGGUGAAGCUUUUCCUGAAUUGAUUGCUUGUAAAGAUGCUGAACCUUGGAAUUUAUAUGCUGCUGAACCACCUGCUGGGCAAUUAAGAAUUGCAGAUGAUCAAAGUUUAGAACUUGUAAAAGAGAUCUAUAAGUAUGUGACAACCGAAAUCCCAGGUAGUUUAUUUUCAAGUGGUGGGGAUGAAGUCAACCAUAAAUGUUAUGAAGAUGAUCCAGAAACUCAAGAAAGUUUAAGAUCCCAAAAUAUCACUUUAAAUGAAGCUUUAUCAAACUUUGUUAAAAAAUCACAUGAGAUCAUAAACCUUUCGAAAAAGAAUCCAGUGGUUUGGGAAGAGUUAAUUUUAGAUGAAAGCUUAGAUUUGGAUUUGAAAACGAUUGUUUCGGUUUGGAGAAGUUCGAAAAAUGUGAAAGAUGUGAUUGAGAAAGGGUAUAGGAUUAUUCAUGCUGCUAGUGAUUUUGGUUAUUUAGAUUGUGGGUUAGGUGGUUGGUUAGGUAAAGCACCCGAAGGAAAUUCUUGGUGUGAUCCAUUUAAAACUUGGCAAAAGAUUUAUUCUUUUGAUCCGUAUGGUAAUAUAACUCAUACUCAAAGAAAAUUAGUUUUAGGUGGUCAAGUUUCAUUAUGGUCAGAACAAGCCGAUCCACAAAACUUGGAUAGUUUAAUUUGGCCAAGAGCUUUAGCAGCUGCUGAAUUAUAUUGGACAGGUAAAAAAGAUGAUGAUGAUGAUGAAGUGGAACCUAAGAUUGAAGAUAGAUUAGCUGAUGCUUUACCUAGAUUACAUGAUAUGAGGUAUCGGUAUGUUAGACGAGGGAUCAGAGCUACUGCUUUACAACCUCAUUGGUGUGCUAUCAGACCUGGAAAAUGUGAUUUGAUCACUUAGAGAGUGUUAUUUUUCAAAAAAUUGUGUCAAGUAAAAAAAGUGGAAGUCUUGGUUUUAGUUUUAGUUUUAUGAAUUCAUAAAUGUGUGGAGUUUUGUUUGUUUGUUGAAUGUAUCAAAAUGAAAUAAAAUGAAUAGUGUGGUGUGAUGUUUUGAAUAAAGAGAAAUGAAAUCUUACUAUAUAUGCAAUGG